AACUGCUUUGAUCGGCUACAACCAUGUCCGAGUACUGGGUCUCUCACAAACGCUACCACUGCAAGUACUGCAACAUCUACAUUGCCGACGACAAACCCUCGCGCACUCAGCAUGAAAAUGGUCUUCGUCACAAGGGCAAUGUCGAGCGGUUCAUAAGAGGGCUCUACAAGGAGGGAGAGAAGCGCGAGAAAGGCAUCAUGGCUGGCGUCAAGAAGGCAGCGGAAGUGGCUUAUGCACUUGACGUAGCAUCCGGUCGCGCCCCCGUAUCACAUUCGUCUUCAAUCGCAUCAUCCUCCCGCUCGGCCCCACCCCCGUCUACUAGAGUCAAGCCGACGAAUCCCUUCGCCAACUACACCACAGCGGCUCAGUUGGGGAUCACUGAUCCUGAUGCAGAAGAAGCGGAACGGAGGAAGGGGAUGGGAAUCCCCGGAGAAUGGACAUGGUCCAACAACACAGAGGCCAAGCCCACUACUGAGGAAACGAUGGCUUCUUCUGGGAGUGUGGAGGAACGAAAGAGGCCAGCACCUGCCUCUGCCAUUGAGGCUGAAGAUGGUGAUGUUCGUGCAUUUAAGUUGCGGAAGAAAGUCGUGGGGUUGGGGCUCGGAGAGAUAUACGAUCCGGGGGUUAUACCCAUUAAGUUGAAGUCAAAGAAAGAAAAUGAAGAGGGAGAAAAAGUAAAACUCGAAGAAGGAGAUACGCUAGACGCAUCGAAUCCCGGUUCACUACCUAAAUGGACAAAAGUGCAAUGGAAAAAAAUAGAUGCCGAUGAUGUUAAACUGGAACCCUCUAAAAUCGGGGCAGAAACUGGACCUAGGUCCACCAGCACACCUGAGUCCGACGAGCCACCCAAACCUAGUUGUACCAGCGCUUCGGACGUUGUACCGGACGCUGUCGACACCAUUAAACCUGACCCUGACGCUGAACCUUCUCCGUCCUCAUUCAUAGAAGCUUCCCCCGACCUCCAUGACGG